AUGGCAGCUAUAAGACCCGCAAAACCGACCGGCGACGUCCAAAAACAGCAUCGGGGCCGCAAAGGCCUCCACCCCAACCACAAGAUUGAAGACACGGAGCCAUCGACGGCGGCAAUUGCCCCGUCUGGGGGCGACAGGUCGAAGAGCGGUAUCUGCGCAGGGGCCGAGCUGCGACGGGCGGCAGCGGCGGGUAGGAGAUUAAUUGAUGUGAUGGGUCGGGCAGAUUGCCAAACCCCCGAUGCGGCCCAGGGUGAGACCAGGCCAGACCCCAGGCGUUUGGGAUAG